UAAGGCUUAUUCUGUCGAGGUUCCCGUUAAACUCACCUGUCCCCCGCACAACUCACUUCGAAUUCUCCGCUCUCUCUUCUCCAAUGGCAGCAGCUGCAUCCAACUCUCUCUUCUCUCUUGCUCCGAACUCACUGAGCCAACCCAGAAGAGUCCCGCAGUCUCCUCCACUAUUUUCUAUCAGUCUUCCUCGAUCUCAUCCUCUGUCGCUCAAAUCCACCCGUCGAUCCAACUCGAUCACAUUCUGUUCCGCGGAUGCCCCCAACAGCGCAAAGGAAGAAACCCCCAUCGAACUCAGAUACCCAGCAUUUCCGACGGUGAUGGACAUUAAUAAGAUAAGAGAAAUAUUACCCCACAGGUUCCCCUUUCUGUUGGUCGAUAGGGUUAUAGAAUACAAUCCCGGCGUAUCAGCAGUUGCUAUAAAGAAUGUUACGAUAAAUGAUAACUUUUUCCCUGGGCAUUUCCCUGAAAGGCCUAUAAUGCCUGGUGUUCUAAUGGUGGAGGCAAUGGCCCAAGUUGGAGGAUUGGUUAUGCUGCAACCUGAAGUAGGAGGUUCGAGGGAGAAUUUCUUCUUUGCAGGGAUUGAUAAAGUCAGGUUUCGGAAACCUGUGAUUGCUGGAGAUACAUUGGUAAUGAGGAUGACUCUUGUGAAGUUGCAGAAGAGGUUUGGAAUCGCAAAGAUGGAAGGGAAGGCAUACGUUGGGCAUGAUGUAGUAUGCGAAGGUGAGUUCUUGAUGGCUACAGGUAGCAGUGAAUGAUGUGGCUCGCUGUGUUCUUUUUGGUCCCUUGCAAUUUUCAGUUGAGUUGAACUAGAUGUUUGUUUCUGUUUUGUACUUUUGACAUAUACAUCCAUUGAAAUAGUGUUAGUAUCUUUGCUAUGCAAUCAAAUAAUUUCAUCUCUCAAUAA